AUGGCGAACCAGUCGGACCCCGACUACGACCCUGCGGUCUCAACGCAGCACGGCGCCCUGAGCCCGGACCCCUUCCGCUCCAAGCUGUCUCCAGUGGCCGACAUGGUGGCUGGCGUCUACCUCACGUCGAUAUGUGUGCUGUCUCUGCUGGGUAACGGGCUGGUGCUCACGCAAUGCCUCAUGCGCAAACGCAAACUCAAGCCGGCGGAGAUCAUCACCGUCAACCUGGCCAUCUCUGACUUCUGUCUCUCAGUGGUGGGGAAGCCGUUCUCGGCGGCGUCCAGCUUCGCCCACCAGUGGCUCUUCGGCGGUGCCGGCUGCCGCUGGUACGGCUUCACGGGGUUCUUCUUCGGCUGCGGUAGCCUCGGCACCCUCACCACGGUCAGCUUCGAGCGCUACCUCAAGAUCUGCCACAUCGCCUACAGCACGUGGGUGCGACGCCGCCACGCGUUCCUCUGCGUGGCGGCCGUGUGGUCGUACGCCUCCUUCUGGGCCACGAUGCCGCUGCUGGGCUGGGGCAGCUACGCGCCGGAGCCCUUCGGGACGUCGUGCACCCUCGACUGGUGGCUGGCGCAGUCAUCGGCGGCGGGCCGCUCGUUCGUGCUCUGCAUGCUCUUCUUCUGCCUGCUGCUGCCCGCCGCCGCCAUCCUCUUCGCGUACGCGCGCAUCGUGGGCGCCGUGCGUCGCAGCGCGCGCGACCUCGCCCACUUCGAGCGGCGCGCGCGCGGCGGAGGAGGAGGAGGAGUGGCUCUCGAGCUGCGCAUCACCAAGGUGGCGAUGAUGAUCUGCGCUGGCUUCCUGCUCGCCUGGAUUCCGUACGCCGUGGUGAGCGUCUGGUCGGCGUUCGGCGCCCCCGACUCGGUCCCCGUCGCGGUGUCCUUGGUGCCCACGAUGUUCGCCAAGUCGGCCGCGAUGUACAACCCGCUCAUCUACCAGCUGCUCUCACGGCGCGGGAGUGGGGCGCACUGCUGCUGCUGCUGCCGCUGCCGCAAGGCUCGGAGCACGCUCAGGAGGCCCAGGUAGCUCCAGGGCGCCCCGGGUAGAUCAAGGGGACCCAAGUAGCUCAAGGAGAUCCAGGUAGCUCCACCUUGGAAUUCCCUGCCAGCGUCUUUUUCUCCCAAGCUCUGACCGUGACGAUCUUGCUCGAUUCCACAAACGCGGUGCAUCCUGAAACCGUGGUAACCGUGACGGUGCCGUUCGUUGCUGGCCGCUUAACGAUUUGUGUCAAACACGUGUUAAACAUCUCGUAGCCACCACGUUAAACACGUGUUUAACUUGGUGGCUAGGAGAUGUUAACUACAUCGCCUGGUGUGCAGGAAGUCGUGAGUUCGAUCCCGACCCUGACGACGCCUGCUGUAUAUUUGGAGUUUGCGUGUCUCCCUCAUCAUCAUCACGGUGGCUAGGAGAUGUUGACUACCUCGCCUGGUAUACAGGAGGGCGUGGGCUCGAUCCCGACCCUGACGCUUGCUGUUGUAUAUUUGGAGUUUGCGUGUCUCUCUCUCUCUCCCCCAUGGUCGCGUGGAUUUUUAUCCGGGUCCUCCAGGUUUUCCCUGCACAUUUAAAAUCAACGUCACGCGUUUAGAGUAUUUGGCUGCUAUCACAUUUCUACGUGAUGAUGAUGAUGAGCCGCUUCGUUGGGCUAUCACUUGUGGUCAGGUCGCUGUAUAGCUCAGUGGACCUUACCUGGUAAAAUGAAACUAAGUUUAUUAAUAGGUGAGUGAAAUCACCGACCCCUCCCCCCAGGGUUACUUAUGUGGGGGCAAAGGUAGAUCGUGUCACCGGGUUCGUCUGCCAGACAUCGUAGUUAAUUAACUACCACUAAACUACGAUGUAAAAAACUUAUUAAGCUUGUGCCGGAGGACCCGGGGGGACAGGCGUCUAUGACGUCUCCUGGCCAAACCCCAUUUGGCAGAGCCAGGAGACUGAAUCCUCACCCUCGGGGCUCCUCCAGAAACAACAAAAAGCCACUUCGGAUGGCUACGUGGAAUGUUCAAACGCUCACUGCGGAGUAGAGGCUGCCACUCCUCUGUCAGGAGCUGGACCGGAACCGCCUGGAUCUCUGUGGUAUUCAGGAGGUCCGGUGGACCGGCUCUGGCUCCUGCCACCACGAGGCGUGGACAGUCCUCUACUCGGGGCAGGAGACUGCCAAACAACAGGGAGUGGCUCUUCUUCUGAAUAAACGAAUGAAGGGGGCGUGGGAGCGUGGCGGUGAGGUGUGGGAAGCUGUAAGUCCCAGGCUACUUUGGGCUCGCCUUCCCAUCAACCGGAGGCGAGGAGUGGUGGUCGUGGUUACUUAUGCCCCCACCGAAGACGAAAAUCCGUAGAGGGAUGCAGGCAAGGCCGAUGAGUCAGAUGCCUUCUAUGACCUCUCGUCACAGGUGCUGGCUAAAGUGGCCCCUUGGGACAGAGUCAUCUUGUUGGGUGACUUCAAUGCCCGAGUUGGUUAUGAUGCUAGCACCCAGGUCUGGAGUGAUUGGAAGACAUGGGCCAGAUCAGCUUAAUAACAACGGUUGCUAGAUUUUUGUGCAGCUCAUCAUGAAAUACUUUUGGAGAAUUCAAAAAAUCUGGGAGCAAAGAAGCGCGGUGCUGCAAUGCGUGUUGAUGCGCUGCCCUCUGCCGCCUCUGCUGACUGCUACUGCCCUCUGCUUCCUGCUCCUGCCCUCUGCUGCCCUCUGCUUCCUGCUACUGCCCUCUGCUGCCAGCCUCUGCUGCCCGCUAACGCCCUUUGCUGCCCUCUGCCGCCUCUGCUGCCUGCUACUGCCCCCUGCUGCCAGCCUCUGCUGCCAGCUACUGCCCUCUGUUGCCCGCCUCUGCUGCAUGCUACGGCUCUCUUCUGCCCGCUUCUGCUGCCCUCUG